AUGAAAACAAAUAAUUGUUUGAGGAGCGAGUCAUUCGUCAAAACUGUUUCUCUGAAAUCCCCAUAUAUGUUUAUCUAUCUAUCUAUAUAUAGAACCCGCUACCUUUCUAUUUCCCUUCCUCUUUCUCACAUUUUCUGUUAUAUCAAUAACAGCUUGUUGCUCUUCUUCUUCUCUUCUUCUUCUACCUUCUCACUCCAACCACCACAUUUGAUCUAGCUUCUCAUUUCAAUAUAUGGAAACUUUCCUCUUCACCUCAGAAUCUGUCAACGAAGGUCACCCCGACAAGCUGUGUGAUCAGGUUUCAGAUGCCAUCCUUGAUGCAUGUUUGCAGCAAGACCCGGAAAGUAAGGUUGCAUGUGAGACAUGUACAAAGACUAACAUGGUUAUGGUCUUUGGUGAGAUAACAACCAAGGCUACCGUGAACUAUGAGAAAAUAGUUCGAGACACUUGCAGAGGAAUUGGAUUCGUAUCAGCUGAUGUUGGUCUUGAUGCUGAUAAUUGCAAAGUUCUUGUCAACAUUGAACAACAGAGUCCUGAUAUCGCUCAAGGAGUUCAUGGUCACUUGACCAAAAAACCAGAGGAAAUUGGUGCUGGUGACCAAGGUCACAUGUUUGGCUAUGCCACAGAUGAAACACCUGAGCUAAUGCCACUUACUCAUGUGCUUGCUACUAAACUUGGUGCAAAGCUCACUGAAGUUAGAAAGAACAAAACAUGCGCAUGGCUUAGGCCUGAUGGUAAAACCCAAGUUACUGUUGAGUACCAGAAUGAUAACGGAGCCAUGGUCCCAAUCCGUGUGCACACCGUCCUCAUCUCAACUCAGCACGAUGAAACUGUCACAAAUGAAAAAAUUGCUGCAGAUUUAAAAGAGCAUGUGAUUAAACCUGUUAUCCCAGCAAAAUACCUUGAUGACAAGACUAUCUUCCAUCUCAAUCCAUCUGGUCGGUUUGUUAUUGGUGGACCUCAUGGAGAUGCAGGACUCACUGGUAGGAAGAUCAUUAUUGACACCUAUGGUGGCUGGGGUGCUCAUGGAGGAGGUGCCUUCUCUGGCAAGGACCCAACCAAGGUCGAUAGAAGUGGGGCAUAUAUUGUUAGGCAAGCAGCCAAAAGUGUGGUAGCUUCAGGGCUUGCAAGACGUUGCAUUGUGCAGGUUUCUUAUGCAAUUGGAGUCCCAGAGCCACUUUCUGUAUUUGUUGACACAUACAAAACAGGAAAAAUUCCAGACAAGGACAUCUUGGUUCUUAUUAAAGAGCAUUUUGACUUCAGGCCAGGAAUGAUUUCGAAUAAUCUUGACCUCAAAAGAGGUGGCAACUUCAGGUACCAAAAGACUGCUGCUUACGGCCAUUUUGGACGUGAUGAUCCUGAUUUCACCUGGGAGACUGUCAAGAUACUCAAGCCAAAGGCUUGAGUUAGCAAGCUACCAUGGCAUUUUUAGUGGUGGUGGUUAUCAUCGUAGCCAUCUUUCAGAUUUUGAGUGUAAAGAAAAUAAAGGAGCUUCAAUGCCUAUAUUCAUCUCUUAUUUAAGAUACGCUUCAGGGAUUGGAUGCGGAAAGGAAACAGAGAUGAUGAUGUCUUAGUUGGGCACGUUAGCACAACAGGGGCAUGUAGUAUUAGCUACUUCGUUUGUUUUUUUAUUUUACCACUUCAUUUAAAUUUCAUUAUUAUGGGUUGUAUUUUCCUGUCACUCUAUUGAUAGUUUUGCAACCAAACUUGUGUUAUUGGUGUAAACUUAGAUGUUAUUGAUUUGAUAUUAUUAUUUCCC